CUCAAACACUCCCACGUCCUUUUCAAACAGGUUCAUGUUUGAGAUCAAAGAAACAGUUAGUCGUUCACUAAAUCGCUAACUACCAGGGAUACGUCUCCAGUCUCAACACCAAGCUUGCUUUUCUCAGCCACCUCCUGAACAAUGUCACCAACGCUUGACCACAUAAUAAUCCUUCUUCCCUACGCAUCAUUGGUCAAUCCUCCAUCCUGGCUCACUGAAAACUUCACAAUUACUCCUGGUGGAAAACAUGGUGAUGGGAAGACUGAGAACAAGCUUAUUUGUUUUCGAGACGGCACCUACAUCGAAUUGAUCGCUUUCAUCAAUGAUGACCCCAAGAAAAGGCUAGGACAUUGGUGGGACAAAGAAUUCGGAAUCGUCGACUUUUCAUUCGCACACUCUGACGGCGAUGCAACCGUUCACUUUUCGGAGCUCGAGGAACGGCUGAAGAGCCUGGAUUGGGGAGAUGGGAGUAUUGAAGUGGCAUAUGAGGAACCCCAGACAGGGGCGAGGAUGCGACCCGAUGAACAGGAGAUCAAGUGGCAAGUGACAUUUCCGGUGGUCACUACUGGCUACCAAAGAGGCGAGCUCCCAUUCUUUACCCACGACAUCACACCCCGCUCUCUGCGGGUGCCUUUUUCGGAGGAGAGUGUCACGCAUCCAAGUUCCGCCCUUGGGGUCAAGAGCUUGAGCAACUUUAUCCAGGCCUCCAAAAGCUCUGCUCUUGCGAAAGGGUAUUCUGCUAUCCUGGAUAUGCCCAACUUAGCAACGGAAGAAGAUUCACAGAAGCUUGGUAUCUUCGAGGUGCAAGGAGCGAAGGAGAUUGAAGGUGGGCACAAGGCCAAGAUUUAUUUGAAGGCGCCAAACGAGCCCCAGCUUGAGCAAAUGGAGAGAAGAGGCGGCUCAAUGUUAGGUGACCUGAUUCUUGGUGUUUCCGCAGUCUCAGGUGCUUCUAAGUAUCCAAAAAGAAUAGAUGUCUCGGGCGGAGGAAUCGGAGGAGUGCUUUUGGACUUGUGCUGAUUUCUUCCCAUAACGUCAGGCACUUCUGGGUGGAAGACGUCGACGGGGAAGAGGGUGGGAAGAAAGUUUAAGCAUCGGUUCGAUUAUAAUUAUUCGGCAUGGAAGCUCGACAGCCCUAGCCUAAUGUUCAAUGAAGUAGUGUGCAAAAUACAAGCCCCUCGAUUUAACCUAGUUAAAGCCAAGCCGCCGCUUGCCAAUAGAUGUACCGAACAUUACCAUCCCUAUUGGUCAAGAUUGAUCCCAAUGUCGUCACAUCCAUUUUAAACACUGACCCUCCAUC